UGACAUUUCCGACUAUUCGAAAUUCACCUCUGGCACUACGAUUUUUUCGAUAAAUUUAUUCUUAAACGUGUCGUGUCCAUCUCGACGGUCUAUAAAUUUAUUGCAAAAAGAGUCGGUAAACCAUUACAUCAAAUCGCAAACGGGAAGAACUAAAAAAACGCGUCAACAUGACCGAUGCAAAUGAGUGCACCGAUGAUGGGUCUACAUUCCAUUUGGAAUUGCAGUACAACGAUCAUGGAUGGGGCCCUUGUGAGUUGUCGGACACAUCCUUACCCUACCAGCCGUUCAGUAAGAGCGAUCGUAUGGGUAAAAUAAGUGAUUGGACGAAUAGUGCCGCUUUGGACAAGAAGUUUCCCAAUAAAUACACGUCACAGUUCGGUACCGGCAGCCAGUACGCUUAUUAUCAUGACGAAGACGAGACCACUUUUCAUUUGGUUGACACGGCUAGGGUGCAAAAGCCACCAUAUCAACGGGGUCGUUUCCGUGGAAACAUGCGAAAUAUGCGUUUUAGGGGGCGUGGUGGUCGCGGUGGUUCUCAAGGAGGUAUGCAACAACUAAAGAGUGCGAAAAUUCGCGACAACCGACGCGGUGUGACUAGGAAAUGGGGUGCUCGCAAUGCUCCACCAAAAAUUCGUGAUGCAUCGGUGGCAGUACGUGCCGACUGGUCAACGAUUGAAGAAAUGGAUGUACCCCGUUUACUGAAAUUGUCGUUGCCGAACAUUAAGGAUGGUGAAGAUAUUAUGUGCUGUGGAGCAUUGGAAUACUAUGACAAAUCAUACGAUCGCAUCAACGUCAAAAAUGAGAAACCGUUGCAACGCAUCGAUCGGGUCUUCCAUACGGUUACGACAACCGACGAUCCGAUCAUUCGAGUUCUGUCGAAGUCGGUCGGUAAUGUCUAUGCUACUGAUGCCAUUUUGGCCACGAUCAUGUGCUGCACUCGAUCGAAUUAUUCCUGGGACAUUGUCAUCGAGAAAAUUGGCGACAAAUUGUUUAUGGACAAACGGGACAAUACUGAAUUCGAUUUGCUUACGGUUAACGAGACAUCGGUCGAACCGCCAGAUGAUGGAAACUCGUUGAAUUCUCCUAGAAAUUUGGCCAUUGAAGCAACGUUCAUCAAUCACAAUUUCAGUCAGCAGGUUCUGAAAGGUGGUUCAGAGAAAUUCAAGUUCGAUGAACCGAAUCCGUUCGUUGGCGAAGAUGAGGAAGGUGAAGUGGCCAGUGUUGCGUAUCGCUACCGUAAAUGGGAUCUUAACAACGGAAUUGUUUUGGUGGCACGUUGCGAACACGACGCAGUUCUACAAUCUCCAACCGGCGAUCUUCAAUAUUUAUCGAUCAAAGCGCUAAACGAAUGGGACUCGAAAGCAGCUAACGGUGUCGAGUGGCGUCAAAAGUUGGACACGCAACGCGGUGCAGUAUUAGCCAAUGAAUUGCGAAACAAUGCAUGCAAAUUGGCCAAAUGGACCGUACAAGCUCUGCUCGCCGGCUCGGAUCAAAUUAAGUUCGGUUAUGUGUCCCGUGCCCAUGUACGUGAUUCGUCGCGCCAUGUCAUUCUCGGCACACAACAAUUCAAGCCGCAAGAAUUUGCCACCCAAAUCAAUUUGAGCAUGGACAAUGCCUGGGGUAUUUUACGUUGCAUCAUUGACAUUUGCAUGAAGCAAAAGGACGGCAAAUAUUUAAUCAUGAAGGAUCCCAACAAGCCGAUGCUGCGAUUGUAUGAUAUUCCGGAUAAUACAUUCGAGACGGAGGGUUCGGAGGAGUCGGGCGAUGAGGGAGAAACAUUUCAACCAGUUUAUUCGUACGGAAACAAGGUCAGAAAUUAGAGGUAUGUCGUUUGCUGGUGUCGGACGCAAACAUCUGGCUCUGUUCGAAGUAGUAAGGAAUCGGAUUGCUUUUGUGAACAUUAUGGCCACUUUAUACAUUUUAGCUAACCAAUUACAUUCAAUACUUCAACGAAUAAAGAA